AUGGGGACCUGUGAGGUCUGUUCGUCAGAAGCAGCCAAGUAUCGCUGUCCCACAUGCGGGCUCAUGAGUUGUUCGCUGGCCUGCACCCAGUCCCAUAAGAUAUACUGUGCGCCCAAGACGAGCCUGUCGCACGAGGACCCUCCACCUAUAACACAGCUGCCUAGGGAUGCCAACGGCGACACUCCCCCCGACCAGAAAAAGCGCGUAGCCACCCCGGCCGCCAUCGCGGCAUCACCCGAGCUGAAAGAGCUGGUGCAGCGCUGCCCGCAGCUUCGCGGUCAGUUGCAAGAUACAUACCAGACCACACUAGAAGAAGAAUGGGUCGAAUGGAAUCCCCCCGCCGGACGCGGCCGUGGCCGAGGAGGCUCUGCUCGCCGCAGCAGAGGCCCGUGGACGGCCGACAAGGGAUUCAAUCGCGGUCUGGGCAAGGUGCGUCAGCUGCGACAGCGCUGUGAGGCAGGGCUGGAGACGGGGCCGGGGGCGGAGGGUUUUAUGCAAUUUUUGGCGCUGGUCACCAAGGAGAGGAACGCGACCGAAUGA